CACCAAUUCCUUCUGCAAAAGCAGCCUCUGCAGUUUUGUCUGUCUGAAUGCUAGCUGAGCGAAAAAAGGACGGAGGGGAAGGAAAACUAAAGAAAUGUGAAAAUCCAGCCGAUAGUUUCGAGGAGAGCGGAAGUGGGAUGUAUCGGGAGCUAUUUGGGGACGCAGCUGCGCAGCAAUAUCCAUGAUCAAAAUGCACUACAGCUCCUGUUUUCUCAAGAGGAGCCCACCAGCCUCGCUAGACCUGCCGGUCCCUCCUCCCCUCUAGACCUGCUGGCAGGUGAAUUCUCCAGGCGUGCCCCUCAUCAACAUCAUUCUCUACAAGUGGACCCUUUAUCCUCAUGCCAAAUUGUCCAAGUGCCCCUCGACCUCGCUACACCUGCUGCAAAGCAGAAGACACCCGAGUACCAGUGGGAGGAGUUCACUGUGACCGAGGAUGCGGCAUGGCUUCUUUGACGGACACACUGACCACCAUCAUCCUCACCUGCCGGACCCUUCAGUCUCACCUGUCUGUGUGACAGGCCGUUUUGAUGGACAAAUUGACCCUUCAGAUUCACCUGUUUAACAUGUGUGAUGGACGGACCGACCACUCUCUCCUGUUUAAACGUGUUUCAUGGACACACUGACCCCAUCAGCAUCACCUGUGUGACCCUGGAUCAACAUUUCCUGGUGAACCGUCAGCCUCUCCUGUGCUACAUGUUUGAUGGACAGACUGGCAUUGACCUGCUGCUCUGAACCACCACUCAAUACCCGUCCCAUCCACUAGGGGGAGCUCCUCCGUUCAUCCUCCUCUUCCUCCUCCAGGUCCACACAGCCUCCUCUUCCUCCAGGUCCUCUGGGCGUGUGUGCAAGAGAGGGCGGAAGAGUGUGAGCAUGAGUGUGACUGGGAGACCACUCCACAUUGCUCCUCCGCCGCCUCCAAAUUGCGAGGGACACACUCAACACUGCCACCUGCCGGCAGUUGAGUGACACGGCAGCCUCCUGCCAUUAGCGUAUCAGCAGCAGCCUCUGGGGACGGGGCGGGACAACACCGGCCACUAUGGCCAAUCGAGACGGGCUGCCAGUCAGCAUAACCAAUCAGAAGGGUCCAGCAGAUGACAGCCCCACCCAGCUGUACCAAGACAUCAAACAGGAGGUGGAGAUCGGGAAGCUGCUCCUGCGGGAGGGGGAGGGGGGCAGUCUGUUUUCGGGGAGGACUGAGGGAGGAGGAGGAACAGGAACAGGGGGGGCAAGAGUUCAACUACAGCUCCAUCACAGCAGCCCACUGGCCCCUACAUUCUCUGUGGGGCAUCCGCAGGAGGUGGGGCCCAGCACGGGGGCCAAACUCUCCAUGGGGCCCCCACUGUUGCCAAGCAGCGCAGGAACCAAACACUUCCUGAAGAGGGACGAGAUGGGGAGGAGCCUGUGUGGACUAGGGGCGAGGUUAGAACCAGAGGAGGAGGAGGAGGAGGAGGAGGAGGAGGAGGGACGUCACAACAGAGAUCACUCCUCUUUUAAUCGAGACCAGAUCAUCGUGGAGGUCAAUCUCAACAACCAGACGCUCAACGUCUCCAAGGGGUCAGAGGUCAAGGUGUCAGAGGUCAAGAUGUUAACAUCCUCUCCCUCCUCAUCUUCCUCCUCCUCUUCCUCUGCCGCCCUGGCUGCCAUGUUGGCCCAUCGCCAUGACAACCGGCCAGUCGUGGAGGAGGAGGAGGAGGAAGGUGAUGACGAUCGUGAUGGUACAGGUGCUGUUGAGGCUAGUGGGCGCAAUACCACCGAAGCUUUGUUGGUGAAUAGCAGUGAGGAUGAUGAUGAUGAGGAGGAGGAGGAGGAUAAUGACGAAGAUGACGACUACGAGGGCUCUGAGGAGAACGAGCAGCGGAGAGUGGCUGUCGUCGAGGAGACGGGCAUCGCCGGGCGGUUACGGAGGGGGCCCAGGACGGCGGGCAUCGCCGCGGUGACGGUGCCCAUGAGGCAGAGGCUGAGCGAAGCCAUCAUGGCCGACCGGCGGAAGGGGCGACGAGGCGCCAAGGAGAAGGAGGGAGGAGGGCAGAAGGUGCGUCUUGAAGAGAAGCAGCAUUACCCGUGUAAGAAGUGUCCUCGUGUGUUCAACAACCGCUGGUACCUGGAGAAACACAUGAACGUCACUCACAACCGCAUGCAGAUAUGCAACAAGUGUGGAAAACGCUUCCUACUGGAGAGUGAACUGCUGCUCCACCACCAGACCAACUGUGAGAAGAGCAUACAGUGUGUGACGUGUGGGAAGGCGUUUAAGAAGUUGUGGUCUCUGCACGAACACAAUAAGAUUGUCCACGGCUACGCAGAGAAGAAAUUCUCCUGCGAGAUCUGCGAGAAGAAGUUCUACACCAUGGCCCACGUACGCAAACACAUGGUUGCCCAUACUAAGGACAUGCCCUUUACGUGUGAGACGUGUGGGAAGUCUUUUAAGCGGAGCAUGUCCCUCAAGGUCCACUCACUACAGCACUCUGGAGAGAAGCCUUUUAAAUGUGAGAAUUGCAGUGAGCGUUUCCAGUACAAAUACCAGCUGCGUUCUCAUAUGAGCAUCCACAUCGGACACAAGCAGUUCAUGUGCCAGUGGUGCGGCAAGGACUUCAACAUGAAGCAGUACUUUGACGAACACAUGAAGACACACACCGGAGAGAAGCCGUAUAUCUGUGAGAUCUGUGGUAAGAGCUUCACCAGUCGGCCGAACAUGAAGCGCCACCGCCGCACCCACACGGGCGAGAAGCCCUACCCCUGUGGCGUGUGUGGCCAGCGCUUCCGCUUCUCCAACAUGCUCAAAGCCCACAAGGAGAAGUGCUUCCGGGUCACCGGGCCCCUCCUUCCCCAGAGCCCCUCUGCCCCCCUCACCAGUGACCCCCUGCUCCCCCAGAGCACCCCUGCUGCACUCGGAGCUCUGGACUCUACACUCCCCUCUGCUGGUAACCAGGUGGAAUUGCAGCUGGCUCUGCCCACCAACAUAAACGCCACCACCGCUCCUCACUCUGCGAGCCCGACAGGGGGGGCAACAACAACAACCAGCCCUCUCCAAGGUAACCCUCUCCAUGGCAACCCCCUCCUGGGGGGGCUGCCGUCGUCUGUAAGCCUGGCCACUUCUCAACCUCCCCUCUUCUCUUCAGGAAGGCUAAACUCCAGUAGUAACUAGCCACCUAGCCAUAGCGGGCUAAACAUCUAGCUAGCUAGGCAGCUGUAGCUGGGUAAAAGACUAGCUAGCUAGCGGUAGCGGGCAAAACGUUUGCGCCUAACCAGGCUAGCCGGGUGUAGCAAGCUAAGAAACUGUCUGACAGCCAUAGCAGACAAACAGUCUCACUCACACUACAGCUAGCUAGCAAUCCUCAACAGGUUAGGAGGCUAGCAUUCAUACUACAGGUAAUGUGCAGAAACACUUUGUUUCUUCUCCCGGUUUACCUUAUUUCCCUUUAACAUUACUUACCAUAUACAACCUUCAGGUUAGGUGGUAUUUGCCAAAAAGUUUGGUAACUGCUCAACACAACAGUAUAUUUUUCAAAUGAAUUCAAAAACUGCUCAAGGAAACUCUCCGGAACACUGCAACACACUGUAUCGUACAGGUGUACUCAGUCAUAUACUCAGCAUAUUCCUACAAAGGUUAUUUUUUACUAUAUACUAACAACCUAAGCUACUCGCGAGCCUGUAAAGGUCCUCAUCAGUCAUGUCUGACUCUUGUCUUUGUACCCAUGCCUUGCCAUUUGCACAGCUAGUCCUCUAGUACCAACGAGCUUAGCUUGUGGGCUUGUGUAGCUUUAGUUGUUUGCUUCCCAUAAGAAAUUGAGGAUUUGAAGAGACGUAGAGUUAGUGACUAGCUAGGUGACUAUUUGCACACAGGCUCCAAGAGAAAUCCAGUUGAGAAUAGCUGACAUUUUGGGGAAACACAGUUCGAAACUCAUGAGGAAGGUUUUAAGAGAAACACAGUUCGAGACUUUGCGGUCAGGCCCCUUACUGGUCCAUUAGUGGAAUGAAUGCUGGUCUCUCUCACAAUACUGAGUGUGUGGGGUUUUUUUUACAUCGCCUUUCUGAGACCGAGUGUCAGCAACAGAGCUGAAGUCGUGCCACCAUGGGUGUCACUCAGUACCUGUCAUCAUCAUCAGCGUUGUCAUCGAUGUUCAUCGUUUUCAGUCUGAGGAGAUCCCAGGAGCUUCUACAUUGAAGGACUGAACCCUUAGUGUCACACAUGAACAGAGAGAAACUGAACCCAUGGGGAUGUGGGGCUGCCUAGCCAUGCUUGACCCGAAUGGAAUAAAGUUGAGAAGCACACCACGGCAGUGAAUUUCGGUCGCACACUGUGGUCGUGAAGUUCGUUCUAUGCUGAUGUGGGUCUAGCAUGGCUUGAGAUGAUUUUAGGGGAUUCAAAUGUGUUUAUUAAGUGAGAAUCAUCUCGGUAAUGUCCUUUGAGAUGUUUAAUGAGACAGCGAGUGUGGGAACUAAGACGCCCUACAGCAUUUCAGAAUCAUGUAGCAGUGUCUGUCCUACCUGUCCCAUAGUGGUAACCAAAUUGUGGCUCGUCAGAACCUGUACUCUCUAUAUCGCAUUGCAAUAACCAAAUCCUGUGAGUUCACUACUACUACUACUAUUACUACUACUACAACAUAUAUGAUAUGCCAUUUAUAAUCUUACACACAGCACCUUAUUUUUAACCCUAGUGAUAUUUAUACUGGUCUUUAUUUGUGAUCUUUGAGAUUUAAAUGAUUUUUUGAAGUUUUGUUUUUGUAAUGUUUGGUACGUAUUGCCACAAGCUAAAGGCGAUGGAAAGAAUACCUGUGCGGUGCUUAGAUUUGAGAGAAGAGAGUAUAUGUGUCAGAAUGAGAGAGAGAGAGAGAGAGAGAGAGAGAGAGAGAGAGAGAGAGAGAGAGAGAGAGAGAGAGAGAGAGAGAGAGAGAGAGAGAGAGAGAGAAUGCAUGAGUGUGUGGAAUGUGUAAAAGGUCUGAUGUAGGGCAUAAGAUCUGCCUAAUCUGGUCAUAUGACCCUAAAUUAGCCAAUCGCAGCCUACUGUUCUCCAGAGAGGCUGGCACGGAAAUAUCCUGUUUGGCCUGAGUAUUGCCCCUAUUGAAUUCUGCUUAUGUUAAGCAAACUGUUGUUUCUGCUCCGUUUUAAAUGUUGUAGAAAAUGGCACUUUGUCGAUGGCUUUAGCGUCUAAGGAGCUGAGCAAGGGAUCAGAAUCAGGUGGAAUUAAUCAUUAACUAGUUAUUAGCUAGUUGUAAAUUGGCGCUGGCCUCCUAUCCUGAGCCAGCGCUAUAGCCAUGAAGGAUGCUAGUAUUGGCGUGGAGACUCAGAACUGGUUGCACCUGCACAAGUCUGGAUGAAGUACUCAAGCAGUACUCAAGGAUUAGAGUAUAGCGGUUGAGAGCAUUUGAGGUUGACAAUAUAGAGACUGUUGUUGUUCAAGGCUCUUAGUAUUCAAGGUCAAAUGUAGAGGACGAGAGCAUUUAAGGUCAAAGCUAGAGGCUCAAAAGCAUUAAAGAUCAAAUGGAGAGGCUCAAGACCAUUCAAGGUCAAAUGUAGAGUGUCAAGAGCAUUCAUGGUCAAAUGUAGAGGCUCAACUCUGCUGAACGUUGUAGUGUAUGUGUAGUCACAUUUUCAAUCAGGCCCGACCUGUCAAAAGGCUCUUGUUAUAUUUCAUGUUUGGCUCCGUCAAUGUUUUCUGAAUGCAGCCAGGAAAAGGUUAGGAAAAUAGAAGCUAUCAGGCACCUUUUUGCAUACAGUAAUUGCUAUUCCGAAAAGCUUGUCAUAUUUCAGUCCUUCUUAAGAUUUUUUAAUGCUUGGCUUUUGUGAGAGAAUGUGCAAUUCAAGCACAUCGUGCACUUGAUUCUGUCCCUAUGCACUGCAUAGAUGUUGCCAUACAGUACAUACAGUUGAACCCAAAACUGAUAGUGAGGAAAUAAUUGGUGCAGAUGUCUGUAAAAUGUUUUUCAAAUGGUUCAACUUCAAAUAACAAUAUAGCUGAUGUCAUACAGUAGUACAUACAGUUAAACCCAAAAUUGAUAGUAAGGAGAAGACCUAGCAAACAACUGUACAGAGGUCAAAUAACAGCCCAGAACAAAAGCAAUGCUGUUACUACUUUCUCCCAAACCUCCCAGAAAAGCUCUAUGAAAGUGAUUGCGUGAAAUUGAGGGAGAGAUAGCCUCCCCUUCAGGAGGGAGCUGGGAUGCUUUAGAGGCUACAGUCCUCCUGUAGCAUUUUUUAGACCAAUUUGUUUCUAAUUUGCACAGAUCUGCAGCCAGACAGGAUUAUUUAAGUAAAUACCUGUUUCCUGGUUCAGCACUUUAGAAGUAUGAAUCUCUACCCUCUCCCACCCCCAGUCCAAACGUAUUGCCCUAUGUUUACAACAGGAGGCAUAGAGGAAUUUUCCGCACUGGCUGGUGGAGAAAGAACAUGUUGAAAGUUGUGGAUAAGCUUAUGAAACCCAAGCGGUUUCCUCUGUUUUAUGGGAAGUUAAGGCACCUUAUCAUGAUGAAGAUGUACAGUACAAGCUUGUAUGUCCGUGCUCUUUUGAAGACGGACAAAAAAAGAGUGUUUCCUUGUUGGGAUUUGUCAUUAAAACUUUAUUUUAUUUUUUCUAUGGUAUGGUAUGGUACAGUACGAUGGUUCUAUGAUUUCUGUGAUUGGUAAGAAGGUUCAUGUUUGUCUCUGUUGCCAAUAUACGGUAAUCAUAUUGUAGACACUUGUGUAGUUAGAUGCUGACUUGCAAGGAGAAAGAAGAAAUGUCCGCACACCGCAGAAGCUCCCUUGCUGUGAUUUAUUUAGUAAACAAGGUGACAAGGUCAAAAUGUUCCGUGCUGAUUUUUCACCCAAUAAAUCACAGCAGGGAGCUUCUUCCACGGUGUGUGGAUAUUUUGUUAUUUCUCCUUGUGCGUUGUUUUAUGUCCUGCAGCCGCAACAUUUUUUUUUUUGUGAUGUGGGUGCACCUCGCACUUUUUGAUGGUUUGACUUAGCCCUUGUGUGAAAGUCUCAACAGCCUCCUCUGCCUAUUCACAAUCACCCCUGUCUUCUCUACCGUUGAUGGUACAGUAUCAUUAACCCCUUAGUGCAAAGUCUCUGUUAUAAGCUUAUUGUCACCCACAAUGGUAAUGACCAAGUCUUAAUUGGUUACCUAAGAAUCCUUGCAUUGUCAUAGCCAUGUUUUUAUUAUGUAAAAAGUAGUUGAGUGUUUUCAGCAAAGAGUGAAUAGGCUAUCGAUGGACCCAUCUGCAGUAAGACGCAGUGUAUUACCUCGAGUUGCCUUAAAGGUGUUCUGGACGAGGCCUUGCCCUCAGUGAAUGUGUCAGUUGAAGAAGAGUUAAUUGGAGAGAUGGCAGUGUGUUUCUUUCUAAGCUAAUUAGCACUUUGGUGAGACGAUCACAAUAAUGAUCAUAAAGGAGAAACGAGGUAGAUGUUUUUGAUGUGUUGGAGACAAGAGUUGCAAUAAAUGCAUGGUGGCAGGAGUUGGGCCUAUGAGGCUUACUGGUAGUCAGCGGAGCCUUUCCACAAUUUGUGUAAAACGUGUCUUUUGUUUUUGUCUAUCUGUGUAUUUCUUAUAGCACCUUAUUUUAUACUGCUUGUUAUGUCAGUGGUAUCCCCAUAUUUGUUAAGAGAGACAAUGGAUGUUUGAAGUUCCCAAGAGAAUUGCAAUAGACUAGUCAGAGGAGAUGUGGUGGGAGCUGUAGUACGGUAUAUACCUGUAAUGGCACAAACACACAAAAAGCAAAUAGAGCGACUAUGGCGACAGAAGUAGUUGACUUUGUAUGGAGGAGCUGGCAACAGAAGAGACUAAAGUGAUUUGGGCGACGAGGUGAUUUGAGCAACAGUAUGUUGGUGAACUGAACCUCAGCGAAUCUUAAUGCUAACUAACUAUAACUAUAUCCAAUGGUGAGCCAUGAAGCCGCUCAGGGCAGCUGCCGUAGCCAAUUGGAAUGACGUAAUGCUUGCAUUCUGCUUCGGCAAUACUCUCGGUCAUAGUCUUUGUAGCCUUUGUCUUUUCUGGUGUGUUUGCACAGUAGUAGUGGGAGGUAUAGUAUGGUAUAUACCUGUAAUACAGUUUACAGUCCCUACUUGUAGUAGUUUUCCUUUCAUCAGAAUUGAGGCCAUGGGUUCGGUCCGACUAACUCGGCAAAGAGCUGCUUGGUCUGACUCGACAGAAAGCUUUUCAUUUUUCCGAAGCACUUUAUACUGUAGAUGUUUGGAGUUCUGCAUCACACACACACACACACACACACACACACACACACACACACACACACACACACACACACACACACACACACACACACACACACACACACACACACACACACACACACACACACACACACACACACAAUUCCUCAGUAAUGACCUCUUGAGUAAUGAGUUCCUGACCUCUGACUGAGCACCAUCAGUUCAGUAUUUCAUUUUCAUCACGACUCAGAGCACAUGACCAAAACCCUACUUCAAGCUAGAAUAGUAUACAAGGUUACACUUUAUUUUACAGACCCAGUUACACAAAUUUGAUACAGUGGAAGAAACUAUGUAUCAUCAUGUAACAUUAUGUACUUGCCCUGUGGUUAGGAUGGGCUUAGAUAUACUAUACAGUGUAAGUACCGUACUGUACAUCAUAUUACAUGUUGACAUGUAGAUAUGCUACAAAAGGUAAUGUAAAGUAAAGUUUUGCCUAUUAUGCUUCACAUUAUGGUUCUAAAAGACUAUGCUGAUGUUGUAGCUACAACACUGAAGGUCUGUGAUUGUUUGUACGGUAGGCAUCAACACUAUAGUUUUUUGUUCUGUCUAAUAUUGAUUUAAUUGUGCUGGAUGGUGUUAAGAAGAGGGAAGAGGUGAUAUUUUAUAUUAGCGCACUGUUAUGUUGUUUUCUCACCAAGUGAGUGUUGACGUACCGAUGAAGAUGAAAUGAUUAGCUCCCCCUUCUGAAGUUAGAUGUCUCUCUUAAUUUCUCAGUCUGAAUGACUGUUGUUAACAAGCUUAUCCUGGAAACACAUGCACUACGGAGAUAAUGUCUAAGAAAUUGAAUUUGGAUUCUUUGUUACACAGAGUUUAAACAAAAAAGGGCAAAAAUGUCAAGGACAAAAUUAUUAGUCCCCUGUUAACCAAUAGUCAUUACUAUACCAAAAGCAAAAAUGACAACAAGCUCUUUGAUUAGUGUAUAAAUAGGUUGGCACAUGCCCCCCUAGUGUAUUUGUUUACAGAAUAACAGAAGCUUGAUAAUAAUGGUCACUGAGAAAUCAAGGGAGAUGUCUAAUUUCAGGAGCGUCUUCAUCUGUAUAUAGUCCAAGUUCUGCUGCUAGUGGGGUAGGCUAUGGCUAAGUGGCCUUUGGAUCCAGAGGAACAUCCUCUUAAAGAUGAAAUCAUGAGGUACAUUCUAUUUUCCAAAGUCCCGUCAUCCAGGAGGCCACAAUCACAAGGAAGGACGGAAAUUUGGAUGACGGAAUGUUCCCAUGAUGUCUUUGAAAGACAAUAAUGUACAGAAGGUUUUUUCAUGUGCGUAUGUUGCAAUAUUUUAUUUUAACUAAAGGAACUCUGAUAGGCUUCUCCUGUUAACUAAUGGUGUUGAAGACUAAACUGAAUAUCCAACAUGUGGAUAGAUGGAUUUGCACAUUAGCCCUUUUGGUGUGUAGUCAUUGUGACUUUCUUUUUUGGGGGGAGGAAGCCUGCUUUAUUGCAUAGUAUCUAUGGCAACUGAUUUGAAAUCAGAAUCAUUGAUGUAAUCAUUGUUUGUUUUAGCUCUAAAUCAGAGGCAUUGUGGCACUGUUUACACAUUAUCACAGGUAUUUUGAUAAACAAACAUUUUUCUUCCCAAAACAUCCCAUUUUUCCAAAAAAUCGGCGUUCACACUAACGGCAAAUCCGCAGAAAUAUGCUGUCGAGCGCUGUCAUAAAUGCAUAAAUGCUUAAAUGCAUGCCUUAUGUGUGGCAAGGAGAAAGCCAUUCAAGUCGUUUUUCUCUACAAAUGUCAAACCAGACUUUCCAUGAAUCUCCACUUUCAUUUUUCGUUUUAAGAAAAAAAAAUUCAGAGGAAAAACCAUUUGUGUGUAAACUAAAGGCACAAACGAAGGAAGAGGACUUUGUUUUUGAAAAUACCUGGGUAGGUGUAAACAGCAUGUAAGCAUCAUGUACUCACUGUACUCAUCCUGUAAACUGUAGCAAUCCAAUCCUGUGUGUAUCUCUUCUCUAAUCUACCCCUGUACUCCGCAAUAUACCCCGUGUGGCUAACUAGCUAGCUAGCUUACUCCACUGUACAAACACUACACAUGUAGCCUAGGCCGUAGCUGUAUCGGUUACUGUACGGAAGAGAAUACUAAAACAAUACCAAGACAAUAGUUUCUAGAGGUGCUAAUAACAUGACGUGUAUUUUAUGUCAUUUAUUAUCGUAUUGGUUAUAGUGUUAACUGUCUGUAACAUGCGACAGGUAAAUAAACUCAACAUUUUAAUAG